GUGCCACGGCGCCGCUCAUAUGAUCGCCUGUACCACCAUGUCCAGCGUUCCGACAUCGCCUCUGUCAUCUCAGACUGACCGAUUCGGUAUAAGUCGUCGAUCCCAGGGUUCUGAGCUGUCCUGAGCUGCCAACAUCUGCGAGGCCUUGAUACUUAACGUUCCUUGUACUCGGACUCUCACUGUCACGACCCACGAUGGCUGCCCCCGGCAAAUUCGACCCAAACAACGCGCAGAAUCUCGUUGAGAUCGAAAAACAGUUUGCAGUCAAGGCAGUCGAGCAUGCCCAGACGUACUGGAGUAUUCUUGAGAAGGUCCCGCCUCGCGAGCUCAAGCUCACCAAGAUCGAUGAUGAGAUCUUUGAGCAUACAAUAGCGGACUUUCCGGAGCUGAAGGAUGAGAACUACGCGAAGAUCACUGUCUUGGACGAGGACUGGUUGAAGAGCAAGGAGGGCAAAGAGCGGUGGCGAAAGUUCAUCGAGUCAUACGAGAAGAAGGUGAAAGACUACAACUUCGGCUCGCUCAUACGCACGGACGCGAGGGAUGAGUACGGAGAGAAGAACACGAUUUUCGUAACGCGGAUGCAGUUCUACGCGUUCGAGAUUGCACGCAACAGGCUCGGUCUUAACGACACCGCACACGAGGUCGCGAAGAAGGAAGCUGAAAAGGAGCGCCAGAAAGCUGAAAAGCAGAAGGCCAAGAAGUCCGCUUCGUGAGCGGGGCUGGCUUCCUGUUUCACCAGGGGUGGCCUUCUGUAAGUUACGGUGGUCGUUGUAUGCAUUGGGACGCUGGUGCAAUGGCGAAAUAACGAUCAGAACGCUC